AUGGGCAUCAGUGCCAUGGGGAAGGGCCAAUGCUCCAACAUGCGAAGUUUCAACUGGGAGACCCUUCCCAAACAUAGUGUGAUAGGGAAACACAACAUCUGGACAGAAGAGGGGACACAAGGGGAGUACGAGUUGGACACAGACCGCAUGAAGGAGUUGUUCAGCCGUAAGCAGGGCCAACAGCAGCUCAAGGCCCAAAGCAUGAGGGGCCUGACAGCCUCCGCCUCAAAGGGAGAAAUGGUCAGUAUCAAUCCUCAGUCCCAAGAGGAGCAUGAACAUUGGAAUUUCCUAAAGCAGUUUAAGUGGCCUGUGAAAGACAUGAUUGAAGCAAUUCAAUCAGGAAAUGGUCCCAGUUUUGGUUCUGGAAAACUGAGGGAGCUUUGUAAACUGUUGCCAGAUGAAAGUGAAAUGAAGGAUAUGAUUGGUUUCAAGGGUGAUCCCUCUGCACUCCCUGAGGCAGAUCUUUUUAUGCUAAUGUUGAUCAAGAUUCCCAGUUAUGAAGAGCGUCUCAAUGGUCUUGUGCUAAAGGAGGAGUUUUUCCCCUUUAUGGAUGAAAUGAAAACAUCCAUUGCACUCUGA